AUGGAAGUCCUCUUCCGUGCCCAAGACACGCUGAGAAACUUUAGGGAGACCAAGCUGAGCACACUACGACCGGUCGGCGAGUUCUUCGACAUCCACCGAAUCUCACGGCCAGCGAAUACCAACGAGGCCUUUUCUCGUAUCACCUAUAACACUCGUCACUUUAGCGGCAAUUACCUGAUUAUCAUCGGUGCACUCGCCGUCUAUGCCGUUUUGGCCAAUACUACACUCUUGAUUGCACUCAUCUUCCUCAUCGGUGGCUUUUCUCUCAUCAACCGCUUCGCCACAGAGCCCAUUCAGAUUGGCGAAAACACCAUUACCCAAAAACACCUCUAUACUGGUCUCUUUGUGAUCGGUAUCCCACUUCUCAUCUUUGCAUCGCCUUUUGGCACAAUCUUUUGGCUCGUUGGCGCGUCCGCCUUGGUUAUCCUCACGCACGCAUGCCUAAAUGAACCUGGUGUAGAGAGCGAAUACGCCACUGUCCAGGAAGCUGUAUAA